CUCGCUCUCUCGCUCUCUCCUCGGCUGAACCGGCAGAAUGGAUACUAAACCCGACCAAGCUUCCGCCUCGGACACUGCCAAGGCCCAGUUUGUGAACUUGGUGUCAUCCGACGAGCACGAGUUUUUCGUGGCGCGCGAUAAGGCCAUCGUUCCAGAUACCAUCAAGAACAUGCUGGCUGGCCCUGGCGAGUUUAGUGAAAAGGAGCACAACGAGGUGGCUUUCCGCGAGAUUCCGUCACAUGUUCUGGAACGUGUCUGCAUUUACCUCUACUACAAGAAACGCUAUGAAAACCACAACAAGGAAGUCCCUGACUUUCACAUUGAUCCCAGCAUCGUUCUCGACCUGCUGAUGGCUGCCAACUUCUUGAGCACAUAAACUCCGCUCUUGGCAGGGAUGGCAUUUAUAAGUGGCUGUAUGUCUGUCACGCUAUGGUCCAGCUGUAACCGCCUCGGUGAUGACCAAGUCUUUGUGGUAUACUUUGUCCAGUAAGGGUGUGCUGCUGGUUGAUGUCUGACAGGGCCAAUCGUUUAUUGUGUGUGACUCUUGUCGCGUGUGUUCAAUCGACCCAGUACUUGU